AAUCGAACCACAACCAACCCCCAGAAAGACCGCAUCACAAAAUGACAACCCCAAUCCCAGGGCUCCGCCCAUCGAGUCCAAACAGAACAAGCACCCUCCUCGCGAACCUGGCGCACGUCACCGCCCGCAUAACCGCCGCCACCCCCUCCUCACCAUCGCCAAAACCACCAAGAUUAAUAGCAGUUAGCAAACUGAAACCCGCCUCCGACAUCCUGACCCUACACACAACCACCAGCCCGCUGCACGCGCACUUCGGCGAGAACUACACGCAGGAGCUGCACGAGAAAUCACGCCUCCUGCCGUCGUCCAUAAAAUGGCACUUCAUCGGCACCCUGCAGUCGAACAAGUGCGUGGCGCUGGCGCGCGACGUGCGCGGGCUCUUCGCCGUCGAGAGCGUCGACUCGGCCAAGAAAGCGACGCUGCUCGAUAAAGGGUGGGGCGAGCGCGCCGCCGAGCUGCGCGCCCAGGACCACGAGGACCGGCUGCGCGUGUUCGUGCAGGUUAAUACCUCUGGUGAGGACGCGAAGAGCGGGGUGCCCCCUGGGACUGAAGCUGUGGAGCUGUGUCGGUUCAUCAGGGAGCGGUGUCCCCGGUUACGGCUGACGGGGGUUAUGACUAUUGGGGCUAUUGCGCGGAGUCGGGGGGUUAAGGAGGGGGAGGAGAAUGUGGAUUUCUUGUGUUUGAGGGAUACGAGGGAUAAUGUUGUGAGGGAAUUGGGAUUACAAGGGGAGGAGGGGUUGGAGUUGAGUAUGGGGAUGAGUGAGGAUUUUGAGGGCGCGAUUAGGCUGGGUAGUGAUGAGGUGCGGGUUGGGACGGGGAUCUUUGGACAGAGGCCGCCCAAGGAGCUUGCUACUGUUCUUUAGGUUCUUUGGUAUUCGUAUUAGAUUGGGAUGUCUGGGGUGCUUAUCUCUAGUGUUUAGGAUUGAGGUGCCUGGGAAGCUGAAAGAGAAGGGGGGUCCGGGGGUUCUCCCCCGGGACGCUUACUCUGGUGUAUGGUUUGAGGGGUCGCGGAAGGUGAUCAUGGGGCCAGUGUAUGAUUAUGCUUGAAUGAAAAGGUAUGGUUGGGUUUAGCGCUAUGUCUAUAGCUGCAGGGGAUGGAGAAGAUCAUGUACUGUACGAUGGUUGUUCAAUCGCGGGU